GCCGCAGCCCAGCGCGGUGAUGUAAGAGGCGGGCAGCCAGUGAGCAGUCGCGCCACCUCUCAGCAUGUUCGCCGCUCUGGUGCAGUGCGGGGGCGGCGGCGUCGGCGGUACCGCCUCCUGCUCCAUCGCCGCCAAGGCCAGCGUCUCGGCCGCCGACGCCAACUGUCAUUACGUCAAGGCGCGGGCCACACCGAAAGAGGAGGCCGCAAUGCGCCUGAAGGACGCCGACUGUGCUGGUGUUGUUGCCGAGCCACGUCUGCAUAUCCGUAACGCGUCGCAGCUGCCGCACAGGGACCGCAACCGGAACACCGCGGCCACGGCGGCCGACGCCGCCCACCACCUCAUCAACAGUAACGGCACACAAUGGGCAAGCAACUACGAGGAGACGACGCAGACCAUUGUGAAGCACAGCAACAACUUCAACAACAACUGCAACAACAACAUCAGCGUGCGCCCGCGGUCCAGCCACAGCAUCGCCAGCUCAGAGUUCAUGUCCGAGUCCUCUCCAGAUGACAGCAUAGGCGACUACGAGGACCCCGGAGCUCAGAGCAGCAGUUCGUACGGCGCGGGCCACGACAGCGAGGCGUGCGGCGAGGAGGGCAGCGUGCUGAGCGUGACGAGCACGAGCACGAGCACGAGCACGAGCAGCAGCGGCGGAGGGCGGCGGCUGGGGCGCGCCUGCUACGCCGACGACAGCGACGACUACAGCGACGUGGGCUCGGUGAGCAGCGACGACGGCAACUGCCGGCCGCCGUCUGCGCCCGCGCGCGGCUUCGCCAACCCCAACUACCCGGGCUUCCAGCACCUGGCGCGCAGGCUCGCGCGCUCCCCGGGCGCCGACGGCGACGACUCGUCGGCCGACGAGGUCGAGCCGGAACCGGAGCCGGAGCCCGAGGUCGACGACGACGACAACGAGGCCUGCAACAAUAACAACAACAAUAAUAAUAACAACAACAAUAACAACAACAACCACGACGACAACAACAACCAGGAACAGGAGGACGAGGAAGAUAUCCUGGCGAGCAAGAUAGACAGCAUCAACCACUUGGACAGCGUGGAGAAUCUGCAGAAGGCGUCGCUGUACGACAAGCCCAAGUUCAACAUCCCAGUGGACGGGGAGGUGGACGAGGUGCUGGUGGUGAAGGACCUGAACGUGCCCACGCCGCUGCUGCCCCCAGAGGCCCCGGCAGUCACCGCUAGCACCGGCGCCGGCAGCAUGGCGCUGGCGCUCGCCGCCUCUGCAGAAAAGAUGUCCGAUGCCUUCCUGUCGGGGGCCAAGGACGAGCUGGCGCCCAUCAAGAUGGCCACCGGUGACGCCUCCUGUGCAGCGUCCGCCGCCGGCGCAGGUGAGGAGGACUCGAACCGCUUCGCCCCGGAGGGCGACGACACGGAGGAGACGGAGAAAUUCGCGCUGGAGCGUCGCGAGAAGGACGAGGUGCCGCGCAAGAAGGAGAAGAUGGAGGAGAUCAACUACAGCGUCAAGAAGGGCGGUGGCCAGGUGGACAGCCACCAGACCGCGGGGGCGGCCGCGGGGGCCGUGGUGCGGCGGCGCGGCGGCGACGCCGUGGGCGGGGGCGGCGGGGGCAGCAGUCGCAACAUCUCCCACAGGAGGUCCGUGCCGGCUGCCAAGAAGAAGUCGUCCCCGGAGAUACUCGGAGGCUUUGAUGUCUACAACAUCGAGACUGCGAUGCCCAAGAUCGACCUCGAUGCUAUCGAGUCGCACCUGCGCGCUGCAAGGGAGGAGGAACGGCGGCGGCGCAAUGAUCGUGAGGAAAUUCGUAGGCGACUUGCUAUGGGCUCAGACACAGAUGAUUAUUAUAGUGGUGACCGCCCAGGCAGAAAACCUAGUCUGCAAGCAAGGCUUCAGAGUGUGAAUCUGUCCCCUACAGGGAUGAACCUGCAGAUUUGUUUUAUGAAUGAGACAGCAUCUGAUGUAGAUUCCCCCAGUUCGGACACAGAGACGUCAACGUGUGAUUCAGAGAAGAUGUCACUUUCAAGGAGUCAUACAUUACCAGCCAAGCAGCAGUGCACUUCUGCCACUGGAAACAGUAUGGGUGCAGCACGGCCAUCUGCAUCUCUCUUGACCCUGCCUUUACAGCAAAAAGAACCUGAGUCAUCGCAACCUCUUCCACACCAGCAGCCACUGACAGAGGCAGACUUCUUUGCUCGACAGGCACGACUGCAAGCUGAGGCACGUCUGGCACUUGCACAGGCAAAGGAAAUGGCUCACAUGCAGAUGGAAGUAGAAAGACAACGUCAGAAGAAGAGCCCGAUCACUGAAAUGGUGCGCUCAAGCCUAGAAAAGGUUGGCAUCCCAUUCCCAGAAGACAGAAGACGUGUUAGCAGACAGUUGCUGACAGAAAUGAAUGUUGCUCAACUUCAAGUUAUUGUAAAUGAUUUGCACACCCAAAUUGAAGUUUUGAAUGAAGGAUUGGUUAAGUUCCUGAUGGAUCGUGAUGAUCUGCACAUGGAGCAAGAUUCUAUGCUUGUUGAUAUUGAAGACCUCACAAGAUAUUUGGGUGCCAAAGAACAGUCAGUGAAGGAGCAACAAGAUGUUCAGCUGCUGAACCAGAACAACAAUCUUCUUUCACCCAAGCCAAAGCUCAAUAGGAUAGCAGGCUUAGUGAAGAAGUAACACACAGUAAAAGUCAGAAUAAGUUAUGUAGACUGAAUCUCAUUAAUUAGCAAACUGAAAUUAUCAGUUGCUUUCCAACACACUGAUGUUCCGAUGGUGACAGACAGAAAGCAGUAAUGUGUUGAUGUGAUGUGUUUUGUUCCUUGUGAAAGUGGACAACAAACAGUGAGCAAUGGAAAUGGAAAAAAGCAGACUAAUAGAUUUAAAAUUACGUAUUCAUGCUUAUUUGUUUCCACCUAAGCUUAAUGCUAAUUUUUGUAUUAUUAUGUCUCCUUUUUUGUAUGUGUAGGCUAUAAUUUAUAGUUGUCUCCAUGGACUGAGUUGUGUUAAGUUCUUCUGCAGUGUUACUUAUAGAUUUCAUAUAAAGGUAGUAAGAACUCUGGAAACAAUAUUACUAUUUUCAAAAUAAUUUAUAAUUACAUAAACUUUGUAAAUUGCAACUGUAUUGUGUUCCACUAUGUACAGAGUCUGAGAUUUCAAACACGUAUCAUAACUGUACAUUCCAGUUUUAAGAAAAAUGCAUUUUAUUACAGCUGUGUAGCAUAAUUCAUCAAAAUAUGUUCUGCACAAGAACAGUGUAAUAUCAUUUUGAAUAUGACUGAACAGUUAAUAUCCCUAAGAUUACUAUAGUAGUUAUUCUGGAAACCAUUAACUCUGAACAUUUGAUAUACCAAGCGAUUGGAUUCAAGAUGUAAUUCCAAUAAGCAAUGUGUUUGGAAAAAAUAUUUCUUUACUGAAUUUUGGAUGUUCCUUUCAUAAUAUUUUGUACAUACAUUUACAUUUAAUAAUGAAUUAUAUAUGCAACAGUGAUUUUAGUUUUUGUAAGAAUGGAUAUAAUGUUUAUGUACUAUACAUAUGUGUGUGUGUUAUUACUUGUACAACCAGUUUCAAGUAAUUUAAUGUGAACAGUGAGACAGAACACUUUUUCAACUAUUUAUUGACAGUAAUUUAGCACAGAAUGUGGCCAAAGUAAUUCAUAGGUUUCUAUUUUUCUUAUUCUUAUGCAUUACUACUGUGAAAAUUGUGAGCACUGUAUCAUUGAUGUGAAAGCAUUACCCUGUUUUUAUCAUGGGCAGUUCAUAGAUAUGCCAUUUCAAAUAGAGCAGCAAAUCCAGUAAAUUACUUUUUGCAACACCAUGUGACCUGGCAUUCGGCGAUUAUAAUUUCAAAUUCUUACAAUCAAAACCUGAAACCGACAUGUUGAUAAAUUACUUCAAUUCCAUGCCUACUUUUACUUUAAUAUCAUACAUAAAUUGCACUUUGUAUUGUCCUCCUUUUGUUAUCUUCAUCAGAUGUGCAAUAGUCUGCUAUAUUUUCAAAGAAACAUAUCAAAUGUGCCACCUAAGACAAAUGCCUGAAAUAUAUUGAUUCGAGAUAACUUAUGUGGUUAUUACAGCAAGUUGCAUUUUUUUUGUACAUGUCUUCAUCAUGUACUAGUAAUUGAUGUAAACAGAGGAAUACAUCACACACACAAAGAGAGGGGAGAAAGGGAGUGAGAAGUACAGAAAUUAGUGACAGGGUCAAUGGAGACAGAGAAAGAGAAACAUAGAGAGUGAGAGUGGCAAUAUAGAUAAACAGAACGGAAAGAGAAUAAUUACAAUUUAAAGAGGAUGAAAUAAGAAUGGAUGAACAGGAGUGAGGUCUGCAUCCUACUUUCUUGAAAAUUAUGGAAUAUGUGUUAAUUAUCAGUUACUGAAUGAGAAACAGUAAGCUCUUGAGUUUCAGCACAGAAUGUUGAGAUCAAUACACAAAUGUGUUUGAAUUCAUUACAAGGAAUAUAUUUCACAUGCAAAAAUUGUUGUAUGUCUUAUUACAUGCAUUUCAGGGUAACUACACAGGUUUUAGACUUAGAUGAAACAGUGGCA